CAGCGUCACUGUGUGUGUCUGUUCAAUCAAUACCCAAAUAAUAUAGCCAUAACGCUGGUAUAGAAUGGGUUCCACGUCCAAGCCGUGCUUGCCGAUCAUAGACUACAGUAAGGCUAAAACUGACCGCCUGGCGGUGGCUAAAGAGCUAGUGGAUGCGCUAGAGCAUGGAGGUUUCGCCUACAUUGACAACGUGGACUGUUUUGAACCGUGGGAGUUGCUGAAGAGGGCCGAGUGGUUCUUCUCUAAACCGGACGCUUGGAAAAGGAAGGUUGGAACCAAAAACUACAAUCCCGAUCCAAACUGUAAAAAUGUUUAUCGCGGAUUCUUCGCCGCGAACCCAGUCGGGAACUCGUAUAAGGAGGGUUUUGAGUUCGGCGCCGAACUUCCGUUAGACGACCCCGUCAUGACGCGCACGCUCCUCUACGAGCAUGUCACGUGGCCGGAAGAAGACCCUGACCGCCCAAACUUUUUCCGGGAAUACCUUCAGAACUACCAGAAGAAAAUGGCGGCAGUUUGUAAAGAUAUACUCCACAUGAUUGCCCUUGGUUUAGGACUGGAGGAAACGGCCUUUGAUUGUUUGAUUGAGAAACCACUGUCCACGAUGCGCAUGCUACGGUAUCCGGUGCGAACAGGUCCUCAUCCGGAAGCCGCCGUGGGGUCUGACGGGAAAAAGCUACACUGUGAUGAACACACCGACAGCGACCUUCUUACACUGGUGGCGGCGUUUAAUUUCCCGGGACUGCAGAUACAGAAGGACGACGAAAACAUCGCCAUGACUGAAUGGCUGACCGUAGACUGCCGCCCGAAUAGCCUCAUCAUGAACAUUGGCGAGUGCUUGUCGCGCAUGACUGGCGGGAGAUUGAAAGCCACGCGUCACCGCGUCCUUGACCUUGGGGUUCAGAGAAUUUCGAUGCCGUUCUUCAUGGAACCGAGCUACGACGCUGAUAUUUCGAAGGUUUUCGUCGGGGACAAGUCACACGGGGACAAGUGGAUCACAGACCCAACGUGCACUACGUAUGGACUGUGGUCUCUCAAACGCUAUAAAGCCAAAAGUAACACCGAGUACGCAGGCACAGAUUUGUAUUAACACUAUCCUUAACUUAAAUCGCCCUGCCUCUUGAAUAUUCCUUUUGCAAAGAUAAACAGGAUAAUACUACAACCUUUUUGGUGUGCAAGGUGAAGUACUAUGUACUUCAGUCGGAUGCAGCUGAAAAAAAGUAUAUUUGACACAAGGGACUGUCUACUUUAAAAUGUUUUAUUACUAAGAGUAUUUUGUGCUCUUCCAAGUGGGACUUUGGUGCUUAUUUAAAGUAGAUUUAAAAUGUAGGAUAUAUAUUUUUGGUAUAUGGGAUAUAUAAUAAUAAUAAUAAUAAUAAUAAUAAUAAUAAUAAUAAUAAUAAUAAUAAUGUUCAUUUUCAACUAUAAUAGAUGGAUUGUA